GUGACUACUCUUUUCCCCCAGUUCUGGAUCAUUCAGUUGCAUCUAGACUGACCUCCCCGGUUGCGCGAUCAUGGAUUUUAUCAAGAACCUGGCUGGCGGAAAGCCAUCACAGGCUCCCAUCGUGGCCGAGGACUCUGACUUUGCAGACUUUGCAGCUGCACCCGAGCCGACACCCGCAUCAAUCCCCGCCUCUCCAGCCGAUGCUCAGGCCGCAGUGCCCACCGGAGCCCAGGGCACUCCUGUGGUCUACACAAAAUGGUACCGAGUGUGGGAGAGGACGCAGCUGUCCGACUUUAUGAUGGAAGGUGUCUUGAUCCCUAUCAUCCUCCUCGCUCUGCUGGUCCACUUUUGGGGUACUCGCCGCAACUCGAAAAAGGCAAAGAAAUGGAUGGCCGCACAUGCGCCUGUUUUGGAGAGAGAAUUUGCCCUGGUCGGCUUCGGCCAGGUACCCAAGAUGACCCCUUAUGCCGAGGGCGUCCAAGGGGACAGCCUCUUGAACGCGAGUGCGAAUCUGCCAGGCGACAACGUCACGGAGGACAUGCUCAAGGAAAAGGCGGCUUGGGAAUACCAGACCUAUGCUACGGGACGACAGAAUGUCGCCUUCAUGGAUGCCACGAUCUUCUUGAAGAGACGGAUGAACCCGAUGAUGAUGAUCGCGGAGGAAAUUGCCGGCAUGGUUGCGGAAUCGGUCAAGCCCAAGCCAGAACGGAUGGAGGCCGUAUUGUACACUUUCAGCGGCAAAGAGAAGGAGUUUGUCCCGCCAGCUGUACCUGGAUCUGAAGAAGCAGGCAAGGCCAAGGCCGUGGGCAAUUCAAACUACGACGCCUUCGUAUUCGCCAUUGUGAACAAAAUGGCCAUGCGCAAACUGCGCGACGAGCGCUACGACCUGUCUCUCACCUUCACCAAGGACAAUCCCAAGCUCCCCAACUGGGCGACCGUCAUGAGCGAGACUGGUGAGGUCACGGACUUGAUGCUUACCAAAGAUCUGAUUGAUGCCGUGGAAAAGGCCGGAGACCUCUUCGAGUACCUCAUCAUCACCGAUCAACCUACCGACAAGCCCACGAACCUCAACGAAACCACUCCCCGAAAGCGACUGAACCUGUGUUUGAGACUACCUUCCAAUGGCGACUAUCUUUCAACAUUGCCCAUCUUCCAAGCAUUCUUGAGACUGCCAGAUUUCUUGGUCAACUCUGCCAAACUGAGACCAGAGGUGACGCGCAAAAUCAACGCCAUCCGUGAAGAGGAGAAGAGCAAGUUGAAGAAGAUUAGCGAUAAGGAAGCGGAAGAGGAGCGACUUCGAACCGCCGACAAGCUCAAGAAGGAGGAGCGGGAUCGUAAGCUGAAGGGUAUGACUGCUGAGGAACAGCGCAAGUUCUUGGAGCGAGAGAAUGAGAAGCAGAGAAAGAAGCAGGAGAAGAGGAUGACGCGGAAAGGAUGAGGUUGUGGUUGGGAGCCAGAAGAGGAGAGGAUGGUACUUUUGGUGUCAUUUUGGCUCUUUUUCUUGUGUUGAGAUACAGUACUCCGUAUAUAUUGUAUGCAUCUUGGACCAAUACGCUGGAUCUGGUACAGUACAGAAAAGAUGUAUUAAAAGCAAAAAUCAGCAGAUGAUCCAAUU